AUGGACAAUGCCAGAAUCGUUGGAUCUGAGCAGGGCACGGACGCUAUGAAUGGCAUGUCCACCUCUCCUGGUGGCAGCAGUCAAGGCUUGGUGUCCGUUGGUACAAAUAAGAGUCCUGUUUAUACGAACGGAGUGUCUCAGAAAAUAGACUAUGGAAACCAGGAGCACAGGCCGACGUCAACCAAACUUGCUUUGAGGAUGAAUGACAGGGUCCCGGAGUUGCCACACAUAACUCAAGGCUUUUUCCCAUUCUCAACUUUGGUCAAUAGAUCUGUGCAGCAGUGCUGGAACGAUCUAUCUGAUUUAAUCACAGACUUGGCCGAUAUCCAGAUUCCGCCUACCGAUGUUUCGUUCCACCCCGCCAAUGGAAAAUCAUCGGGCAACCAGUCUUCUGAAAACAUACAGAAGAAACUCCGCGUUCUAAACUUUGCUCAUGCGAAGCGAGCUGAAUUCAUUAAACUCCUCGUUCUCUCUCAAUGGAGCCGACAAGCGGCCGAUGUCAGUAAGCUAAUCGACCUACAAAGUUUUAUUCGCACUCGUCACCAAUCCUACGUAUCUGCUUUGCAAUGGAUCGGAGAUCUGAAACGGAACCUCGUCCAAGCCCAAGUGGCAAAUCCGGAUUUGAAAACGGCGUUGGAAGUCUUGUCCAAGGCCAAAAUCAUGUCAAUGCCAGAUUUUGGCUACAAACCCCCAAGGUCUUUGACGGCUAAGGGCACUCUUAAAAAAUUAAGGAAGAUCGACAGAAUCCUUAGCGCGCGACUGGCAUUACGUGAAACGAUCCCCCGAUCCUUUCAAACUUAUCAUGUUCAUGAUGGCCGUGUCACUUUCGUUGUACCCGGCGAGUUCGAGCUCGAUCUUUCGAUAGGGGAAGCAAACGAACUCUCUCAAUUCUAUUUUGUUGAUAUUCGCUUUCUUUUCCACCCGUCGGCUUCCGUUCCACAGGGCCGAAUGUUCAACGACCUCGAGAUUAAAAUCAACGACACGCUUAAGCAUGGUGGUUUGACUGGGUGCUUUGAUCUGUUGCACAGUCUGGUCCUGACUAACAAGAUCAACAUUCUGUUCAAACAAGCUCUUGAAUUAGCAAGAGGUCUCUGGUCAAAUGUUUUACGCGUUGAAUUGCUGCACAGAACGCUAGUUGUGCAUUAUUGGGCUCUCAAGCCUGGAACUAAGAGCUGGCUUGAACUGGGAGUUAAGAGUGGUCGUCUACGCGGUCUAGGCCAUAGCCAUGGUGUUCCAUAUUUGGGACUACGCUGGUUACGGGAUGGACAGGAGGUUGAUAGUACUGAUGUUGGUUUCGACACCGUGAACCUCUCUCUGGAAAGUGUCCUCCGAAGCGUCAUUGCCCUGCACACGUCCCAUAUCUUGUUUGCCGCGCAUAACAUUCUGAGCCAGAGUUUCUUGUUCGCAGCUGGGGUACUCAGUUUACAAACCCGGCUGACUGGAGUUGAGCCUGGGGAAUGCCAACUCGAUGUUCAGCUCACUCCCACAAGAUAUCUCCGAGUCUCGAUCGAGCCUAUGUCGGGGGCAACAAUUUUAUCGGCUCGCCCUAGUGCUCUUGAGCGGCCAGAAGGCGAAAGAGGCGUCGAAACAUCUUCGGCAGAUGACAUCGUUUCCCGCGUGUCUCGACUACGUUGCAUUGCAGCUAUAGAAGAGACCGAAGCACAUGUUAAAAUGCUUGGUUUCGAGUCCGUCAACCCCAGGGGGCUUAAACUUGACGUGCGAAGGGUGUUCCCGGCCAACGUUAUGCGGUUUUCGUUCUUUUCGCACCCAUUCUGGGAGCGUAACUGGAUUGUGGCGGUCACAAGUAGCAUGGAUGGCGAUAACUGGUGGGUAAUUCAACUUCCGCCACCGACGUUGGGAGACGAGCAUCCAUUACACCCCACUGGAACACUGGACCAGUCUAUACCUCACACUGCCCAGAUCAUUGGCAGUGCACUUGUGCCCAUGCAGGAGCGCAUCAGCUAUACAGCAUUCGCAGACAUAGGGCAUUCUCUUUCUGGUAUCCUGGCUAUAUAUGCCAAUGCGCGCUAUAUGACUGAUUUGCAGUCUUCCCCUUUCUAUCCACCUUUGCAUAAAUUGGUGUUAGGGCCAGAUCUUCGAGUUCCAGACCUUUUCAUUCGGUACAAUUCCGCGACCCUCCCAUUACCUUACCAACUAGCGUUACCUGGUGGAUCAAAGACAAAGGGCCUGAUUAAAGACACGAUCCGCCUUGCUUUCCGUGGGGUCGAACCCCAUAGCAAAGUUGCCAUAAUGGUGGCCUACGGCAAUUUACUUAUCCCUGCAAAGGCUUUCAGUUUAUUGAGCGCGAAGUGGGAUCGCUCGCUCGCCUUUUCGAGGCGAGACCGCGGCUUUGCUAUUCGCCUUCUUGCUCCACCUGGCCGUCCUGUGAUAAAUAGCCUGAUGGAAAAUUUGCAGCGACUCGAAUGUGUUCUAUCAGUUUUUGAGACUCUUCAAUGCAAGAAAAUGGAACCACAAUCCUUGUCAUUGUCGCGAAUUGCUUUCGCAUAUGGCCCAGAACGCAGUCUGUCUUCCCACAUUGAUAUUGAAACUCUUCCUCGCAAGGGACUGGAUUCAUCUCAACCGCAUCCCCUGUUUCAUUUGCGCCUGAACAUAACCUUUGCCUAUUCGAAUCCCCAUCGCCGUAUUCAAGGGUCUCUGACAUCUAUCUUGAAUCAUUCUUCUGCCGACACCAGCCUCGAUACUCUCACCGAACUUCUCUCACUCACGCUUCCCGUGAUGCAAGCAUUCGACCGAAUCAUGCUCAAUCAAUCUUACAGAGAGCACCUAAAGAUGCAGGUGAUUGUCCGCAAUGCGAAAACGUACAUCAUCCACUAUCCGAACCAGAAUCUCCGCUUCCAAUUAAGAGCUGGCCAAUACAAAGAACAAAUGAUCUGGAUCCUUCAAUGCACGAGCAGUCCGCAGGGCCUCUUGUCCAAAAAGUUACCUGACUCGGAUUUCCAAAGUAGCCUCUUCAAUUCCAAGGGAGACGGUUGGAGAGGGCUCGGUAGCGGAGUUGUUGCCGAGGUUGAAAAGGUCGGAAAUCUAAUAUUGGAGCUUGACAAGUGUCUUACCGGCGGUCAAAACGAUAUGGCAUCUAGUCUUGUUACUCAUUCUGCUACGGGCGAUUCGACACGUACCCAGGCGGAUUCCCGUCUGACAGGAACCGGUCCAGCAAUGAGGGAUGUGCCCCCGGCCAGGAUGAGCAACAAGAAUGGAUCACCAGAUACCGACGCUGUCUCUGGGUCACAUAAUGAGGAUGUGAUCAUGAUUGAUUAA